AUGGGCUCCCGCCUGGAGCGGAAGUCCAACCUCGUCCGCAAGCGCAUAGAGAACCAUACCUUUAGUGGAGAAGAUGGGGAGGAAUACCAUGGAUCCUCUUUUGGCGGCUUCUCAGAGUACUUCCGUCGCAAGAAGAUCAAACUUCAGAACCUCGACUCCCAGCUGCGCGCCGAAUCGGACAAACCGCAGAUCUUCAAGGGCGUGGUGUGUCACGUUAACGGCUACACACAACCGUCCUUGAAUGAUCUCCAUGUCAUGAUUGUGCAGCAUGGCGGGGGCUUCAUCCAGUAUCUGGACGGGAAGACGAUGGUUACGCAUAUCAUUGCUUCGAACCUUACGCCAAAGAAGAAGGAGGAGUUUAGGAGGUAUCGGAUCGUCAAGCCGGCAUGGAUUGCGGACAGUGUGAACGCUGGGAAGUUGCUACCAUGGGAUGCGUAUCGGGUGGUGGAUGAAGGGGUGGGCCAGAAGGUGCUGGGGUUCGAGAAUGGCAGUAUGGUCAGCCAAGCGAACAAUAAGACAAAGGGAUACAGAGAGCAGACCAACAUGAGCUGGUAUACGGAUCAGCUCAAGACUCAGCAGACUCCGCAGAAGCCGCCAAGCUUUACUCAAACCGUGACACCGCAGGAAGAGAUUGAGGAUGAUGAGUACCCGAUGCCUGAGAUUACGAGCUCGAUGGAGAAGGCGCUGGAGUCCGUUGAGCGAGCUGUGGACAGGCCAGCAGAAGAACAUCUGCAAGCACCUAGGGAGCUGCUGGAAGUUCGAACGGAGCUUGAGACACCGCCUCCUUCUAGUCCGGUCAUGCCUCCAUCCCGUGCCAAGGACACUCUGUCAGAUUUCCCACCGCCUAAUUGUGAGCAGACCAGUGACGACAAAGGAGAAGCAGGGUUGCGGGCCCGCGAAGGCUCGCAAGAGCCGGACUACUCGAUGGCAGUUGUUCGCGACUCCGAAGUCCUCAAGAACGUCUCACCGGAAAGACUUGCUGGAAUGACAGCAGAAGAACACAAUGCGCUGCUCCUGUCCGAUCCUAAGAUCCGUAAGUCGACCGUGGUGAAUCCGGACUUUCUUGAGCAGUACUACCGCGAGUCGCGUCUCCACCAUCUCUCGACAUGGAAAGCAGAUCUGAAGUCUCAGCUACAAGCGCUGGCAGCCGAAAAGUCAUCAUCACAGAAAGCCAGGCUGAAGAAGCUUCCCGGUCAAAGAAGGUAUAUUAUGCACGUCGACUUUGACAGCUUCUUCGCCGCGGUGUCUUUGAAGAAGAACCCGGCAUACAAAGACAAGCCAGCAGUUGUUGCGCACGGUGGUGGAUCGGGAUCAGAAAUCGCCAGCUGCAACUAUCCUGCUCGAAAGUUUGGCAUCAGCAAUGGCAUGUGGAUGAAGCGGGCGCAGCAGCUUUGUCCAGAGCUCAAGGUCUUGCCGUACGACUUUCCCGGCUAUGAAGGCGCCAGUCGGAAAUUCUACGAUGCGAUCCUGACCACGGGUGGCGUGGUGCAGAGUGUCAGUAUCGAUGAAGCGCUGGUGGAUAUCAGCGCAAUAUGCUUCGCCGAAUCUGGUUCGAACGGUGUGGACAGGGCGGAAGGCGCCGUCCAUCGCGAGCAACUGAAAGCCGACGAGACAGCGCAGAGUCUUCGUAACGAAGUGCUCGAGAAGACUGGAUGCGCUGUUUCUGUUGGCAUCGGUGGCAACAUUCUGCAGGCCAAGAUCGCUCUUCGCAAAGCUAAACCUGCUGGCCAGUAUCAGCUCAAGCCUGAAGAGGUCUUGGACUUCAUUGGGGGUCUGGAGGUUCAAAAGCUGCCUGGCGUGGCUUGGAGUACUGGCGGCAAGCUUGAGGAAAUUGGCAUCAAGUUCGUCAGGGACAUUCGGGAGUGCACUCGGGAGAAGCUUACCAACACUCUUGGACCUAAGACUGGCGAGAAGCUGUGGGAGUACGCUCGCGGCAUCGACAAGGUUGAAGUGGGCGACCAAGUCGUUCGAAAAUCUGUCUCGGCCGAGGUCAAUUGGGGCGUCCGAUUCGAGAACCAGGAACAGGUCGACGAGUUCAUGCAAGGGCUUUGCGGCGAACUGCACAAAAGACUGGUAAAAGAGCGUGUCAAGGGCAAGCAGCUUACGAUGAAGGUCAUGCGGCGUGCUGCCGAUGCACCCUUGGACCCGCCCAAGCAUCUGGGACAUGGCAAAUGCGAUACGUACAAUAAGAGCCUCCAGCUUGGUAUUGCUACGAACCAAACUGGGAUCAUCACGAAGGAGGCCAUAGCUAUGAUGAGGUCUUUCAACAUCUCGCCGGGUGAGCUGCGCGGCAUUGGUGUACAGAUGCAGAAGCUGGAGCCGCUGAAGUCAGGGCCAGAGGGUGCUGUGGAGAGUAGUCAGAGGAGGUUGCAGUUCAAGACAGGACAGCCUCCUAAGACAGCUGCUCAGACUUUGAGCAGGAAAGCUACCGAGGAGGAUGCUAUCCAAGAUGAUGCCAGAACACCUGAAGAGCAACGCAUCGCUGAUGUCAACAAGCCGAGUGUCAGCAUCGAGCCCGUCAAUGCCAGCACGCCAACAAAGAGGCAGCUCAAUACGCUUGGGACCCAGUUUGUCCUGCCUACUCAAGUUGAUGCGAAGACACUUGCAGAGCUGCCGGAGGACAUUCGAGCCAAGCUCGUACAACGUGCCAGGCCUGCUGAAGCCUCUGCAGCCGAGCGAGCUGCGGACGCAGAAUCCAGGCCAGCCUCAAGAGAUCAUUCACCCGCUAUCACGCUUCCAACGGAGUCUCAGCUCGACCCCGAGAUCUUGUCAGCACUACCCGACGACGUCCGCGCAGAGAUCCUGGGCUUCUACAAACCCUCUCACAAAGCCCGUGGUCAAGCAGUCCUCCCGCAAUCUCCGCGCAAGAACCGCACCCUCCCUCCCAGCAAGACCAUCAAUAAACAACCCAUCAGACGCAAACGUGGCGGCGGCCUCUUCGCAGGCAAAUCCCGCCCUCCACCAUCCGACGUCCCGACUCUGACCCAAGCGAACUUCGUCUCUCGGCCUCAAAGCCGCCACCUCAAUCAACCAGACCAAGGUGCAACAACCGACAGCGAAGCGGAACCCGAGCCCCUCGAUCCAGACUUCCUCUCCGCCCUACCAGCCGACAUCCGCGCCGAAGUCCUCGACCAGCAACGCCAAGCCCAAUUGCAGCGCAAAGGAGGCAUCGACCUCUCGCUCCACCAGAAACCGUCCCGCCUUCGCGGCAGCAAGGCUAAGCGAGAUGACGCAGGGACGAUUGAACGACAUCUACAGCUCCCGCCGCAACCUGCUAAACCCACCUUCACCGCACGAAAAUUCACCGAACUGCCCGACCUGCGACAAGCGGUGAAGGAUUGGUAUAGCGAGUUCGCAGACGAAGGGCCGUAUGGGGAGGACGUGGAAGCCUUGGUGGGAUAUUUGAGGGAUGUGGUGGUGGUGGAGAGGGAUUUGGGGAAGGCGGUUGCUGUUGUGAGGUGGGUGGGGUGGGUUAUAGAGGAGGGCGACAAUGUUGGAGAGGUGGCUAGAGAGGGUUGGGAGAAGGCUGUGGAGAGGGUGAGGGAGGGUGUGCAGGCCGCUGCGAGGGAGAGGGGGAUGGGGACUGUGGACUUUGGGUAG